GAACAAGAACUUGAUCUCUUCGCAGCUGACCAGGUUUCCUGCAUGCCCAUUUCCUAAUCCUCGACAAUGGCUCUGGCAGCAUCACAAGCGACGCCGCAGCGUCCUCUGCCAGGGGCCUUCUUCAACACCCCGGCGCCUGGCAGACCUGGCAGUUCUGGACAAAUGCAGCAAGCUCCGUCCUUUCGCUCAAACUCGGCUGCUACCCUGGCUGGAUACCGCGCCGGCCAGGUAGCUUCACGCGAUGCGCCUGCACAGAGACCUGUUACCGCCACGCAAGACUCCCUCGCUCCGAUCGAACGCGCAGCGCGCACCGUCAACGAAGCCCUUCAAAGUGAGGCCCAGUACCCAGCCCUUGACAACUAUGUCGGCCAGGGAAUCUCCAAUGAUUACGAUACUUCCUUCAACCCGGCCUGGCAACCCUUCCAGCGCAGCCGCAACUAUGAUAUCCCCGAGCAAAUCUUCGAACAGGCGAACCUGGCCCAAGUCUCGACACAUUUGGGUCUCUUUGCCGAGCUCAACCACGCCUUCAUCGUGAUCGACUCGUCGCUCUACCUUUGGGACUACACACAUCCGAACCCCGAACUCAUCGGUUUCGAAGACCAGACCAAUGCCAUCACGGCCGUCAAGCUUGUCAAGCCGCGCAAGGGCGUCUUCAUAGACUCGAUUACCCACCUCUUGGUUGUCGCAACCCAUGCAGAGGUCCUGCUCAUUGGUCUGGCCGCCGCGCGCUCGCCUCACGGUGGUUGGGCUGUCCAACUCUACUCGACCAACAUGAAGGUGCCCGUAAGAGGCAUUUCCAUCAGCCACAUCGAGUCGUCGGACAAGACUGGGCGCAUCUUCUUCGGUGGUAACCAGGCCAUUGAUGUCUGGGAGCUCACUUACCAGCAAGAGGAACGUUGGUUCGCAAACCGCUGCUCCAAGAUCAACCACACAAACUCGGGCAUCUCAUCUGCCUUCCAGCUGUUGCCCUUUGGUGGCCGAUCGGAUCAGGAGCAUAUCUCACAGAUGGUCGUUGAUGACUCGCGUGACCUGCUGUACACGCUCUCUUCCUCUUCGACCAUUCGCGUCUACCACAUGAAGAGUGGCAAUGUGCUGGAUCUGGCUCUGUCCCGACCUUUUACCAGUCUGCUCGCCCAGAUCGCCCACAUGGUCCCUAGCUCUGAUCUCCUCUCGCGCACUACCUCGCUCGUAUCCAUCAGCCCAAUCUCGGCCCAAGAAACGAACAGACUCAGUCUGCAGGCUCUUACCAGCACCGGCUGUCGUAUCUUCCUCAGCGCCACCUCUGGCGCCUUCUACGGUAGCUCAACUUCAUCCGCCCCGACCAGCAUGCAGGUCCAUCAUAUCAAAUUCCCUCCCAAGGACGGCGAAACCGUUGCUCCUCAACCACAACAACCCCAGCCCACUUCUCUUGGUCCUUAUAACACCAAUCCCUCGACCUUGGACACCAACACGCGCUUCCUUGCUAACACCAAGGCUGGCGUUAGAUAUGCCCCUGGUUACUCAUGUUGGGUCGUCCCUAACCCCAAUGAUCCCCACAGAGACUCCAUCUUUUUCACAGCUCCCGACUCUGGCCGCAUCAAGCUGCCUCGGGAUGCCAGCCAUGCCACUCUUUUCCCAGAGGUCGGCCAGUUCUUGGAACUCCCUUAUCCUUCUCAAGGCAUUGGCUUGGUUAGCACUCCUUUCGCUGCAGCUUCCACGCCUUUGGGCUUCGCCAAUGAGCUCGCCGUUCAAUUCGACCAGUCUCCCACUGAGAUUGCUGUCCUGACUAGCACUGGUGUUCAAAUCAUGCGCCGUCGCAGACUUGUGGAUAUUUUCGCUGCUCUCGCACGCUACGGUGGCGAUGUAGAAGGUCGCGAUGGCCAAGUAAAAAAGUUCAUCCGCAACUAUGGUCGUACCGAGACUGCUGCUACGGCUCUAGCCGUUGCUUGUGGUGAAGCUUCCGACGGUAAUGCCGAUGCUCGCAUCACCAAUAUCACAGAACCAGACAUUGUCGAGUUUGCCCGGGAGGCUUUCAUCACUCAAGGAGGCAAGCCCAUGCUCAAUGAGAACUCUGUUCUGGACAACAACACUCCCGCCAUCGACAAUGUUCGUCCUUCCCCCCGACACGAUGGUAUGGCACUCUACAUCACCCGAUUGGUACGAUCGAUCUGGAGAGCACCUGUCCUGACUCAAAAGGUCACUCCCGUUGGUGGCUUGGCUGUCACAUCGACCGUGGCACUCACCAAACUGCAAAACAUUCAGCGCGCUUUGAAUUCGUUGCAAGAAUUCUUGAACAAGAAUAAGAGCUCCAUCGAAGGCUUGUCUGGACCCGAGUCGCUUGGACGUGUCGCAAACAAGCAAGAUGAACUCUCCCUGCAGGGCGAACAUCGUGCAAUGAACGCUCUGAUUCAGCUCAUCUCGAGCAUCAUCGAGGGCAUCGCCUUCGUACUUGUCUUGUUCGAUGAGAGGGUCGACGAAAUCGUUCUGUCCCUGCCAGAAACCUCCCGCGAGCGUGCCAGAUUACUCACUUACGAGGGACUUUUCUGCUCGCCAGACGGCAGAAACUUGGCCAAGGAGCUUGUCAAGGCCAUCGUGAACCGUAACAUCGCCAACGGUUCGAACGUUGAUACUGUAGCGGAAGCUCUGAGAAGACGUUGUGGCAGCUUCUGUAGCGCCGAUGAUGUGGUUAUCUUCAAGGCUCAAGAGCAGGUCAAGAGAGCAUCCGAGGCUGGUCCCGCCUCCGAGGCAAGCCGCAGACUGUUGAACGAGAGCUUACGACUUUUCCAGAAGGUAGCAGGAGCUCUUUCUAUGGAACAUCUCGAGUGGGCUGUGUCACAGUAUAUUCCCAUGUCUUUCUACGCUGGUGCUAUCCAGCUUGCUUUGACUGUCGCACACGAGUCUGACCGGGCAAACCGAGCCCUUUCUUGGUUAAGGGACGACUGCCCCGAAGACGACCCCCGACAAAAGGCUUUCGAAGGCAGGAAGCAAUGCUACGAUCUCAUUCACCAAGUCAUCGUGUCAGUCGAACAAGCAUUCGAAGCACACCCUGAUGGUGCUUUCUCAGUCACUGCUAAGAGACAAUCCGAGGCAUACGAGAUUAUCAACAACUCCGAAGAUGAAGUUUUCCAGAAUAACCUAUACGACUGGUAUAUGGGCCAAGGGUGGAAUGACAGACUUCUUGAGAUCAGCUCACCUUAUGUUAUCAGCUACCUCCGCAGACGUAUGGACAAAAACCCUGACCAUGCUGACUUGCUCUGGCGCUACUACGCACACCACAACAACUUCCUCGAGGCCGCUUCAGUGCAAUUGUUACUUGCAAAGAGUGGCUUUGAUCUCAACCUCGAGCAACGCAUCAGCUACCUUAGCCGUGCAAGAACCAACGCCUCAAUCCGUACCGUUUCUUUGCUCGACGCUGCGCAAGGCAGACAACAAACUCUCCGUGAGAUCAACGACCUCUUGGAAGUUGGCAACAUUCAAGACGACAUUUUGCAACGCAUGAAGUCGGAUCCUCGUCUUACAGACCAACGCAGACCCCAAGUGUUGAAAGCACUUGAUGGUCAAAUUCUAGAAGUCGCCGAGCUCUUCAACCAAUAUGCCGAUCAAGCAGGCUAUUACGACAUUUGUAUCUUGAUCUACCACUGCGCUGACCAUCGCAACCCUGCAGACAUCCAGUCAACUUGGCAAUUGCUUAUAGAACAAGUGCACCAAGAAGCAGAUGGAAUCGAUCAGAUGGCGCCCUUUGAAGCAGUGGCUCUCAAGGUCCGCUCAUUAGGCCAACGUCUGAACGCAGCGGAGGCCACCUUUCCCAUCCCUAUCCUGUUGCCAAUGCUUCUCCGCUACGCCCUUGAGUAUCAAAACAACGCCGCCUCACCAAUGUGGGUCAUUGAUACCUUCCUCGAGCUGGACAUCCGACCCUCAGCACUACUGCCCGUCGUAGAACAGAUGUACUACACCAACGAGCAACCAUUCGUUGGCAGACACCGUCGCGUCCUCGCCGCUGAUCUGAUCUACCUGAUCCAAGCCUGGCUACGAGAGAGCGAACGCCACGGCGACAGCGUCCUCUUCGGCAGCGACGAAAACGCCGCUGGUAUCGAUGAUCUCCUCACCAGUCUCGCCGGAAGCUCAGACCUCGAGCCCGAAAAGCGCGAUGCGGUGGACACACUCAGAGGUAGAAUUGUUCAAGCCAUGCGUUAGAAAUGCGGCGGUGGUCUUUUUUGUGUUGUUCGAUCUGGAUAGGUCCGGGGGAUGGUCUCU